AGGCACCACAUAACGAAUAUGGGAUUUAUUGCAAACACCAACAUUUGAAAUUCCAAGCUUCGCUUGCAUGUUUGUCCUUCCUCAUUCCAUGUUCAUAUUCACUCUACUGUAGAAAAGUUGCACCUUUGAGAUCAUACGUUUCUGCGCUACAUUCUGCGAAGCUUUAUCAACACCCCGCCACGCCCGCUUCUGACAAAGAUUCGAGAAGCAAAGAGAACUUUGAAGACACAACAAAGUUUCUUGGGAGCCCAGUCGCUCGGAGGAUCCUUUGUCUAGAGGAAGAUUUCUCGUAGACCCCACGAAACCUAGGACUAUCCAAGACAAUCCGCGACCAUGGCCUCUCAUGUCGUUGUGUUGGACGGCAAUUACAGAAGACACCAAGUCAAAGUCACUCCAGGCAAAUACAUGACAGAAGUCCUCGAGGAAGCCUGCAAGAAGUUCAGUAACCUCAACCCAAGUAACUUUGGUCUCAAGAACAAUAACAAGCCAAUCGACCUCUCGAGAACUUUCAGACAGACAGGUCUUGCCUCGGGAGCAAAGCUCGAGCUUGUUCAAGUUUCUCGAACCCCGUCUGCGGUCUCGAUAGCAUUACAAUUACCAGAAGCCCUAGCAUCAUCUGCGGCUGGUGGACGGUUAACGGAUAAGGUGCCUAGUGAUACAACAUUAUGGCUGAUAUUACGGAAAUUCGAGUCAAGUGGAGGAGCGAACCUGAACUUCACUGCUAGAGGUGUCACAAAAGUAGAGAAUGGAGCUUCAGGUGCUGGACGGAUAUUCUACGAGAUGCCUAAUCUUAAUAUUAUGGGUAGAGAGCUAUCGACGUUUGCGGAUCUGCAAAAGACUCUGGCUCAGUUAGGUAUGAAUGGGGGAAGUGCUUUGAUUCGACUUAGCUUCAAGACAACAGACCAACCUCUGGAGGAAGCAAUGUCUGAAAUCGGCAAGUACUUCAAGGAAGAAGAAGCUGCUGCCACUGAGGAAGUCGAACCCCGAAAGGAUGUCGAGACCAUCACACACGCUCUCCAAAGACUCCCAUCCUCCGAAGGAGAGUCCAAGGACGUGGAUAUGACUUCUGGCACAUCAGAAACAAACACAACAACGGAAGACCCAUCACCAUACCCAGAAACCGUCGGCGACCUUCCACCACCACUCACACCUUCCAAGCGCGCCGCUGAGAAAUCUCCGUCUCCAGAACAAGUCUUAGGACCAGAUCAACGACCUGUAUCCGUGUAUCGCCCACCAUCCGCCCAUGUCCCUCUCGCUGCUACCACACCUCACAACGAAUCCGACUACGAGCCAACCAUCGCCCAUGCCAAGCUCCACCAAAGUCGUCUCCUGAACAAUACUCACAACAAGCGUUUACUCUCUGAUGCCGAAGAAGAGCGAGUCAACAAGGAACGAGCAGAAAAGCUGGCAAACACGAAAGAAGUCUCGAUCAAGAUCCGGUUCCCUGAUCAAUCUUCCAUUGUGGCUCCAUUUACUGCUACUGAUACUGGUGCGCAUCUCUACGCCUUCGUGCGUGGCGUCAUUGUAGCAGAAGAUCAGCCCUUCAAGCUGGUAUGGAAUGGGAAGGGAGUCCAGACCGUAUCGAACGAUGAGAAGAAGCUGAUUAAGGACUUGGGCUUCGAGAGGAGCGUACUGGUCAACUUCCACUGGGAGGAUGAUGCGAGGGAGAGCGUAAGAAAGGCGACGAUCUUGAAGCCUCAGUAUGCCCAGACCGCAAGGGAGGUUGCGGUCCCAGAGAUCCCAAGCGUGGAUGCUGGCGAAGAAGAUAAAACCCCAGUCGUAAAAGAGAAGCCCAAGGAGAGCUCAGGAGAAGGCAAGCAAAAGGGAAUCCCAAAGUGGUUCAAGGGUUUGGGCAAGAAAUGAGAUGCAUGAUCAUAGAAGUGAUGAAUUCAUGAAUGUCAGGGGAGUAUUGCGGGAUGUCUGUUAGCAUUGAUCAUAGCGAGGCGUUAUUGCUCUUUUUGGUCUGCAUCAAGACCACAUAGCAUAAAUCACAUUUUCUC